AUGCAUUGGACCGUAUUUUUACUUAGGGGUCUUGUGGGCUUCCUCUGGUGCGGCUGGGUUCAAGUGGGUUAUGCAAAAGGAGGUCUGGGAGACAAUCAUGUUCACUCCAGUUUUAUUUAUAGAAGGCUGCGGAACCAUGAGAGACGGGAAAUACAGAGGGAAAUUCUCUCUAUUUUGGGUUUGCCCCACAGACCCAGACCGUUUUCACCUGGAAAGCAAGCAUCUUCUGCACCCCUCUUUAUGCUGGAUCUGUACAAUGCCAUGGCCAGCGAAGAAAAUCCUGAGGAGUCGGAAUACUUGGUGAGGGUAUCCCUGGCAGGAGAGGCCAAGGAGGCCAGGAAGGGAUACUCAGCCUCUCCCAAUGGGUAUGCUCAUCGUAUGCAGUUGUCUCCAAGGAUCCCGCUGACUACCCAGAGCCCUCCUCUUGCCAGCCUACACGAUACCAACUUUCUGAAUGAUGCUGACAUGGUCAUGAGCUUUGUCAACUUAGUUGAAAGAGACAAGGACUUUUCUCAUCAAAGAAGGCAUUACAAAGAGUUUCGGUUUGAUCUGACCCAGAUCCCGCAUGGAGAAGCAGUGACAGCUGCUGAAUUCCGGAUAUAUAAGGACAAGAGCCACCAGCGAUUUGAAAACGAGACCAUUAAGAUCAGCAUAUAUCAGAUCAUCAAGGAAUACACAAAUAGGGAUGCCGAGCUUUUCCUGCUGGACUCAAGGAAGGCGCAAGCUUUGGACGUGGGCUGGCUUGUCUUCGAUAUCACUGUGACCAGCAACCACUGGGUGAUUAACCCACAGAACAAUUUGGGUUUACAGCUCUGUGCAGAGACGGGAGAUGGACGCAGCAUUAAUGUAAAAUCUGCUGGUCUUGUGGGAAGACAUGGACCUCAGUCAAAACAGCCUUUCAUGGUGGCCUUCUUCAAGGCAAGUGAGGUACUUCUUCGAUCUGUGCGAGCAGCCAACAAACGGAAAAAUCCAAACCGCAAUAAAUCCAGCUCUCAUCAGGACACCUCCAGGAUGUCCACGGCUGGAGAUUAUAACACCAGUGAACAAAAGCAAGCCUGCAAAAAGCAUGAGCUCUAUGUGAGUUUCCGGGAUCUGGGAUGGCAGGAUUGGAUUAUAGCACCAGAAGGGUAUGCUGCAUUCUAUUGUGAUGGAGAAUGUUCUUUUCCACUUAAUGCCCACAUGAAUGCCACCAACCAUGCCAUAGUCCAGACUCUGGUACACCUGAUGUUUCCUGACCACGUUCCCAAGCCCUGCUGUGCUCCAACCAAAUUGAAUGCCAUCUCUGUCCUGUACUUUGAUGACAGCUCCAAUGUCAUUCUGAAGAAGUACAGAAACAUGGUGGUACGCUCGUGUGGCUGCCACUAGCGCUAAGGGAUUGUGGGAAUAACAAAACCGAGCUGUAUCACGUUUAUGACUGCAAUCAAAGGCAGAUAAAUGGGGACUUCCUUAAAAUCAG